AAAUACGGAAGUAAUCAUGCACAGUUUGUCUAGAUUGGCAUCAUGACUUAUUAGUGACACAAAUUUAUUACAAACUUAUUUUCUUGUGGGUUUUUUCUUAAGAUGUGUAUAUGAUAUGCCAGGUCAGCUAUGGUGAUUUGUUUCUUAAUCCACACGGUGUGUCCAGUGAGCGCGCUUUCCGCAGCCGAAAGUCGGAUACUGUAUGCGCGUGUGUUCGGGCCGGAGACCGGAGCCGAUGACUGCACACCGGAGCAGAGACGACUGAUGCAGAAAGAGAAACUCCACGUGGUAGCGAGGCAGGUGAGGAGUGCUGUGGCUCUGAGUAGGGAGGCCUCAGGCGGUUUGUGUGUGGAGGCAGUGCUGGGUGAGGAGGCUGCAGCUCUGGGUGAAGCUGACAGCGGUGUGUUUUCCCUGGGCAAUGCAGAGCUCUUUCCAGAUCGGAGUGUUGUUCUGUGGCUGGGGGUUCAGUCUCUAGCGUUCACUCUGGUCUGCAGACCACACGAGAACCUCCUGCUCGCAGAGGGAGUGCUUCGCAACAUUGCACGUCACUGCUUUGAGGAGCUACGUCUGCUGGGACCUGGUGCUGAGGUGUUGCUGAAAAGUGAUCGCGUGGACGCAUUGUUGCACAGACUGCUUCCCCAUGGUCAGCUCCUCUUCCUAAACCACCGUUUUGCCCUCGCCCUGGAUAAAGAGAUAGCGAGCUACGUGAGCAAAUGAAACCGUGUGUGUAUUGGUAUAAACAUGAGGAUUUGCCACAUAUUUAGAGAGUAAUAUAUAAACUACCUGAUAAAUGGAGGAUGUUCUAAUUUAAUAGGUUUGGAGGAACCUCUUCUUCUCUGAAGGUGUAAUAGGAUUCAAAAAGUAAAAGAUUGCAUCCACGAAGUGUAUUGUGAACAGUUUUUUCCUUUGAUAAACCAGAAUGCACAUGUUCUAAAACUUUAAUUGCAGUUUGAUAUCGGAUGAAAAAAGUCCCAACUUACACAAAAAAAAAGUAGCACAGCUUUUGAUAUAUCAAUGAGAGAUUCUGUAGAGCUUAUUCAAGUAAAGCUCUUUACACAUUUGAUCUUUCUCAGGAGUAACUGAUUAACUGACCAUAAAUGGUCAAUUGAUAACGUUGUUCAUUGAGAUUCUUGUUAAUUAAAAUCAGAAUUUCUAUUAUUAUUGCCGUCUGGCUGGGUCAAAAUUACCAUUAAUUAAAUUAAACUAAAUAACCAUUGCAGUAUCUCUCUAUCUCUCUAUCUAUCUAUCUAUCUAUCUAUCUAUCUAUCUAUCUAUCUAUCUAUCUAUCUAUAGAAUAUCUAGCUAUCUGGCUCUCCUCUAGGGGGCAGUGUUGUAUUUGAUUAAAUGCUAUAUGUUUUGCUUUAGUCAAGUGCAUGGCAAUUUGAAUAAUCCUCUAACACUUUCAUCUAAAAUAAUUCAGUAGUUCCCAGCAGUGUGUCUGCCAAGAGAUCUGAGAUGGCUGAUUGACAAGGCCGUAUGAUGCCUUGAUAUCUAGGCCAACGGAGCAAUCACACAAUUCCUGAAAAUCCAUUUUUAGCCUCUCUUUCCCCUGAUUUAAUAAUGAUGAGUUACCUCUGUCAUCAUGCUGUGCUGAGAAUGAAGGGAGGGUGAGGAUGUCCACUUAUAGUAAGUGUGAGGCCAGUCAUAACUCACAAGUACUGCGGUUCAAUAUGUUGACUGAUUAAUGUGAGGCUUUUCUGACUUCCUUGUGUCAGCUGCCUCAUAGAGUAGGGAUGGUUGGCAUUUCUCUCGCAUCAAGCAUGACAAGAGCCCCGUUACGUCCAAAUGCUCUGUAGCUGUGAAAUGUUGUUUAGACACUCACAUUGAAAGGACUUCUAACACAUGACAUGUCCUCACAAUAGCAUUUGAAUCGAGUAGCAUGUGGUUAGUGAUAUCUCAAAAAUCUCACUGCAUUUCUGUGGAUGUAAUAAAAAAAUAACAUUUUCAGGUGGCAGCUUUCAAGGGGUCUAUAUUUUUAUUUUUUAACCACUUUAGGUCCUCUUAAAAUGACUGAAAAUUAUUUUCGCUGUUGCGACUGUGCUGUUGCAAAAUGUGCAGCACAAAAUGUUAACGUUUGAGACCUUGUAAAAAUUAAAUUAACCCCUUUCUCUGUAUGUUGAGAUGCUUUUGAAGCAUUUGCAGAGCAGUGGGUGCUACACAGCCAUUAUCAGCAUAAACUUGGUUGUUUUAUGUUAGAAAUGACAAUUAAAUGUUGAAUUAUGAAUGUGGGUAGUUAUAUGUUAAUGAGUUUAUAUUGUUUUACAUCAGGAAUCUAAGGAUUUUGGAAUAAGCCACUUUUGCAGUUUAGUUUCAGUAGAUUGUCUUUUUGAAUUGGGAAUGUAUUUUUGUUUUUAAGUUAUUGUAUAUAUUUAUAGUGUAUUUUCAUUCAAGAAGAUAUUGUGAACACAAAUUAGGCAUAUAGUGUUGGCACUGGCAGGUCAUGUGAGUCAACCUUGCAUCCGCUGACUCUCAGCUAUUCACAUCUAUCUAUAGGAGUACGACACCUAUCACGGCAUUCCUAUAUAAGCUCUAUUCAGUAUUGUUCAGCAGUUUUUUUUUGCUUACUUGGGAGCAAAUUAGACGGUGAAUUCGGUUUCUGUAGGAAGCGUUCAAUCAGGAGUUUAUUAUUGCUGCUCUCCCUGCUCAUUCAUGAUAGGCUGCAUAAUGGGCAGGGAGUUUUUUUUUUUGCCCACAACAGAACCAUACCACCAAAUCAAACUGUAUGCUAAGUGUAUAUCAUUUUGACAAUAGUGGUCCUGACAGAAAUUAAGUUUUCAAUAAUAUAGCCACAAAUUGAUAUGACUAUAGUACUAGUAAUAUUCUAAGAACAGUAGGCGUUAAUAAAUAAGACACAUGAAUAAUCCUAAUAUACAAAAAAAAAUCCAGAGAGGGAAGUUAGACUCAUGAUGUCAUAAGUCGUCCACAAUCCAUUUAGAAUCAGAUUCUUUUAUUUUAGAGACAUUUGAGUUACUCGGGAGAUUAAGAUAUUUAUAAUACAGAUUUUCUUUGACUUUUUUCCCCCUCUUACAAACACAUUAGUGUUAUCUUUUCAAAACAGUAAAUUCAAGUAGGAAACAGUUUGUCCUUAAUGGUAACUCCCCUGUUGUUCCAACUGCUUCAAACAACACAACAAUAUUUAGUGUGUUAUUAAUUCCAACAUAUUCAUCAUUCAUCACAAGAGGUUCAAAAAGCCUUGGUUUUAAAUGUAUGCUUGCACAACACAAACGCAAUUAUUACAGAAAUCAUAGAGCGUUUCUUGGCACAUUUGGAUCCACUUCAGCUGUGAAAUCUGUUAUUCAGCUGUCUGAUGAUUCUGUCCUAAAUUGGGGAAUAUUUUUUUUUCUCCCAGGUCUUGAUGAAAGCCUCAAGUAAUCACAUUUAAAUUGUGCAUCAGUUUAUGCUGAGUCUCAGCUCUAACCGUAGUAGUGUUAUUAUUACUGUCACUCUCUUUUACCCCUUCAUAAUAAAAUGUAAUUAAA